CUGAGGGUGGCGCUGUGAGCCAGUUUCCCGCCGUUCAGUGUCCGGCCGCCGCGAUGCAGAAAUAUGAGAAACUGGAGAAAAUCGGGGAAGGGACCUAUGGGACCGUGUUUAAAGCCAAGAACAGGGAAACCCAUGAAAUUGUAGCAUUGAAGAGAGUUCGUCUGGAUGAUGAUGAUGAGGGUGUCCCCAGCUCAGCUCUGCGAGAAAUCUGCCUUCUGAAAGAGCUGAAACAUAAAAACAUUGUGCGGCUACACGAUGUUCUACACAGCGAUAAGAAGCUGACCCUCGUGUUUGAGUAUUGUGACCAGGAUUUGAAGAAAUAUUUCGACAGCUGUAACGGAGAUCUGGAUCCUGAGAUUGUGAAGUCUUUUAUGUAUCAGUUACUGAAGGGUUUGGCGUUCUGUCACAGCAGGAAUGUGCUACACAGGGACUUGAAACCACAGAACCUCCUGAUCAACAGGAACGGUGAGCUGAAACUGGCGGACUUCGGGCUGGCUCGAGCGUUUGGUAUCCCUGUCCGAUGUUACUCUGCAGAGGUGGUGACACUGUGGUAUCGCCCUCCAGACGUGCUGUUUGGCGCCAAACUCUACUCCACUUCCAUAGACAUGUGGUCAGCUGGCUGUAUAUUUGCAGAGUUAGCAAAUGCAGGAAGACCACUGUUUCCUGGCAAUGAUGUAGAUGAUCAGUUGAAGAGGAUUUUUCGUUUGCUGGGGACCCCAACAGAGGAGCAGUGGCCUUCCAUGACUAAGCUACCUGACUACAAGCCCUACCCCAUGUACCCAGCGACAACAUCUUUACUAAAUGUUGUUCCAAAACUCAACACUACUGGACGAGACCUCCUGCAGAACCUGUUGAAAUGCAACCCAGUGCAAAGAAUUUCAGCUGAGGAAGCCUUGCAACAUCCCUACUUUGCAGAUUUCUGUCCCCCUUAAGGGGAAGUGUGACAUCCAGAGCUGCCUCAGUCACCCACCCCAAGACUGCUUACCGAUCUUUACCUGUCAACCCGAUGGAACCAGCCACAACUCUGGCUGCCUCCCAUUCUGCACUAGCCAGAUGUCUUGUCGCUGUAGCAAACAAUUUGACGGACAGCUGGGGUGACCUCACUAUGGGUGGGGCUCCUGAGAAUGAGUGUUUUUCUGGAAGGAAUUUUUGUUAGCAUUCCAUUACAAUUAAUAUGAGAGAGAAAGCACUUUUUUGUUUGUAAGGAAAUUGUGUUGAAACUUGUCCUGUUGACUGAUGUCUGUGCACGUGUAUCAGUGUAUGUGUCCUUUUGCUUUCAUGCGUGUCAUGCAUGUGUCAUGCUUCCCUCAUGCACAUGGGUCUAUGUUUUAUGUCUGCAUAUGUCCACGAGCGUUAUUGUGUGCGUGCUUGUCACCCCGUGUGCAAUCAGGUGUACAAUCGUGUGUGGCCCUGUUUGCGUUGAUGUGCAUAUGUGUCUGUGUCAUCAUGAAUGCCCUUGCUUCUCAGUCAUGUGCCCUCUCACUUGUCUAUGUGUUAUUAGAUGUACACUCUUGUCAUGGUCUGUGCUGCCAUGUCCCUGUAUGUAUGGAUUUACAUCCUGUGUGCACACUCCCGUGUGUGUGUGUGUGUGUGUUAUUGCAUGUGCUUCAUAUGUUAACAUGGAUCUUGUGGCUGUGUAAUUGUGUGUAUUGCAGACUUUUGUUAAUGACCAAAUAAUGUUACUGAGUAAAGUAUUAGUGUGGAAUCGGAGCACAGAUUAUCUGCUGCAGACCCUGUCUUUUUCUGGAAUGAUUUUCUUAGAAUUCUGUUUAUCAUGAAAGUAUUUUGUUGGAAAGAAAUGUUGUGAAAUUUAGAAGUUGAGUUAUUUGCUUUGUACAUGUAUUCUUGUGUGUGUUCUCACACCAUGCAUGUUUUUAUUAUUGAACGUAUGUAUUGUGUGCUCUUUCAUCUAUUGUAUGGGAUCUUGUAUGUUGCCAUGUGCACUUGUGUUUUAUUGUUUUUGUGUGUACAUUAACACAUUUGUAUUUGCGUGUCUUGUAUGUAUCCCCAUUAUUGAGAGUGCUCGUGUCUGUUAAUGUGUGCGCUGUUGUGUGUUAAUACAUGUGCUGUUGUGUGUCCAUGUUAGCACGUGCCCUUGUGUCUGUACGUGUUGGCAUUUGUGCUCUUGUGUUUUGUCUGCAUUGGCACGGAUGCCCUCGUGCGUCUGCGUUGGCAUUGUGCUGCUGUGUUUCUCUGCCUUGGCAUGUGUACUCUCGUGUGUACCUGUUAGCAUGUGUGCUGUUGUGUUUCUCUGCGUUGGCAUGUGUACUCUCAUGUGCCUGUUACCAUGUGUGCUCUUAUGUUGUUGGUAUGUGUGCUAUCAUGUCCACAUUGGCACAUGUACUGUUGUGUGGCCCUGUUAACGUGCUCUCAUGUGUGCCCACAUGGGAAGGUGUGCUCUCUGAGUGUCUUGAGUGUGUAUUGAGCACUUUUUUUUUUUGCCAAAUGCCUCUGUUACUGAGUAAGGUCUUUCUGUUGAGCCCAAAUUCCAGGGGUCACUGAUUUAGCUUUCACCCUAAAUGAUAAAGACAUCCACAGCUUGGUUGUUGGAUGUCUCCACUUACUGCUCUCAGGAUAGGUGCCAAAGACCCCUCCUGUGACGAAGCUCUCACUUCCUACUCUGCUAAUGUAGUGUUGCCUGGAAAUCCAUUGAAUCACUUGUAAUUAGGUCACUGAAUUGAUACAAGCCCUUUUGUGUUUGGUUAGCCUUUGAAUAGCAGAAAAAUAAUCACAGUCUGUGCAUCAUGGCUCAUAUACUGCAGAUCAGAAGUAAAUUGUAGUAACAAAAUCAAGAUGGCAGAUUUUACUGGAUUACAAAACUUUAUACCUCCUUAGAUGCAAAACGAUUAAUAAAAAAGUGGAACAUUUUGCUAA